GCGAGCGGCCCGCCGGGCGUCGGAGCCCGCGCCCCGCACCGGCCGCACCGAGGCAGCGCCCCGCGCACCCCGGCGCAGCUCGGCAUAAGGGUGUUCAGCAUUUAGCUGAAUGAAGCAUUUUUGUCCAACACUGAAGAACAUUCUUUAAAUUUUGAAAACUCUUAUCUCAGCGCGUCUAGUCAGACAAGCCGUUUCUCUCGUUUACACAGGAAGUUCUUACAACGAGCUGCCUGCCAGCCGCCCUUCCCCAGAUCCCGAAUGCAACCCUGGCCAGGUGGCGCAGAGAACAGUCACUCUGCUGGUCAUGCUGAGCUCAUACUCUGAUGGCUGUUGGAUGAGGUCAAGACUGGGUCCCCUCCCUUCUCCCACUUUACCAAUGCCUGAUCUCAUGGGGUUAGUUUGGAGCCCACCACUAUGGCAUCAUCAACCUCCUUGCCAGCUCCUCGUUCCAGGUCCAAGAAGCCUCUGGGCAAGAUGGCUGACUGGUUCAGGCAGGCCCUGUCGAGAAAGCCCACAAAGACGCCCGUCUCCCCAGAAAACACCCACAGUGACGGUUCACAGCCGAGCUCCUCGGACAGGCCCCCAACCCUGGGCCCCAGCUCAGAGGUGUCUCCCACCCUGCCACCGACACACUUGGGCGCCCACGGCAGCAGUAGCAGCAGCAGCGGCCGCUGGAGCAAGGACUAUGAUGUGUGCGUGUGCCACAGCGAGGAGGACCUGGCGGCCGCCCAGGAGCUGGUCUCCUACCUGGAGGGCAGCGCUGCCGGCCUGCGCUGCUUCUUGCAGCUUCGCGACGCAACCCCCGGCGGCGCCAUAGUGUCCGAGCUGUGCCAGGCGCUGAGCAACAGCCACUGUCGCGUGCUGUUCAUCACGCCGGGCUUCCUCCGGGACCCGUGGUGCAGGUACCAGAUGCUGCAGGCGCUGAGCGAGGCCCCCGGAGCGGAGGGCCGCACCAUCCCCCUGAUGUCAGGCCUCAGCAGAGCCGCCUACCCCGCCGAGCUCCGAUUCAUGUACUUCGUGGACGGCUGGGGCCCCGACGGUGGCUUUCGCCAAGUCAAGGAGGCUGUCACGCGGUAUCUGAAGACCCUCAGCUGACGCUUCUUACAUCAACACGGAUGCAGACAGUUGGAGCAAAGCUGGAAAUGGAGUGAGAGGGCCUAGGACCUUGGGUUCCAGCAGAUGUGCCAAGUUGUGAGGAGUAAGUUUGCAGCACGUUGUAUGUGACCUUGGGAUCAGAUUGUCCGUGGCCUCCAUAACCGUGGGCUCCCAGGAAGGCCCCGGGGAAGCUGGGGACUCCCCCAGGAAGGCUGUGAGGGGGCUGGGGACUCCCCCAGGAAGGCCUGGGGAAGCCAGAAAGUGGAGGUGGAAGGAAGUGUGACACCAAGACAUCACCCACGUGUUGCCUCCUGCGAGACUGGACGUGAAGCCUGGCACAUCGUGCCUAUGUCUUCUCCACCUGGAAUCGGGCACUGGUGUCUAGGUGCCUUCCUCCUGAAGAGGUGACUUACCUGAGUAAGGAGCUGGAAGCCUGGACUGCUCGCCUCAGCUGGGUGGUUUUCCCAGUUGCCUGGGGAAGCCCUGAACAGGUGUCAGGAGAGAACAACAGGUAUAGUGUCUUUCACACUCACACUCUUGCGGCGUCUCCCAGUGAGUCGUUCACUUCCGAAAGCUGCGUGGAAGAUGCCCUCAGCACGUCUACUGGGCAAAUACUGUCCUGUAUUUGUUUUCACUGCAUGCCUGUCAUUAAAGACUCACACCUAGAAAGGAGUCUGAAGAGGGGACAGAAGAGGGGAGGGAGCAGGUGGGGUGAAGAGAAGGAAAGCUCAGACCCUUUAGCUGGGAUCAAAAGCCCACCCACCAAUGUGCUGACAUAUGGGGGCCUCAUCAUGCGUCUGGCCAGAACUCCUGCUUUUACAGUAGUUCCUUCACCUCUGCACUCAGAGGAAUCAGCGUAUUUCUUCUGGCAGACGAUUGUCUACCUUGUAGGACAGGCAGAGUUUCAUUCAUCUGUUCUCAGUAAAACUUGGUGGUUGAACUGAAAUGAAUUUAUGAUUCCCCUGAUGUGUACUUUUGUGUCUCUUCCCCCACUUCCCCCUACCACAUCUCCUGCUUUUACUGAAAAAAAUGUAUAUAUAUAUAUAUUAAAUUGAGAUAUAAUUGACAUAUAACAUACUAGUUUUAACUGUACAUGAUUCGCUAUUUGUAUAUAUUGUGAAAAAAUUUUAUUUUUAAUUACGAAUUAUCUUAUUACAUACAAAAGGACUAAAGGACAAUACAGUGUACACUCACGUACUCAACACCCAGCUUAGAAGCCAAACCUCGCAAUCCCCAUGUUGCUCCCUUUGUGCCCUUACAUUCUCUUCCCUACUCCCACCAGAAGUAACCACUAUUCUGAAUUUUGAAUUUAUCAUUCUUAGCUUUUCUCUAGAAAUUUAUUACAUAUGUAUGCAUCCCUGACAAUAUAUUAACUUUUACAUGGUUUUACACUUUACAUAAAUGGUGUUAUAUUCUGCAAAUUCCUUUUUUUUUUUUUUUUGCCAUGUUUGUAAGAUGUGUCCAUGUUGAUUCAUGGAGCUGCAGUAAAUUCACUUUCAUUCCGUUAUGUAAAUAUACCAUGAUUCAGUUGCACAUGUUUUUACAAGUGGACAUUUGGUGGUUUCCAGUUUUUUUGCUGUUGAAAACAAUGAGGCUGUAAGCAUUUUUAUUCUUGUGUAUGUUUCCAAGAACAAGAUUUUCUAGGAUUUAACCUAGUUGGGGAACAGCUGGGUAGUGAAGAGUGCGCACCUUCAGUUUUGGUAGAAGAUACCAAAUUGGUUGUGCAAUUUAUGUUCCUGCCAUUUGUGCAUAAGAGUUGCCACUUUUUCAUGUUCUUGCUAACAUUUAGGAUUAUCAGAUGUUUUCAAUUUUAUUUUUUUGCCACGCUGCACGGCUUGUGCAAUCUUAGUUCCCUGAGCAGGGAUUCAACCCGGGCCCUGGCAGUGAGAGCACUGAGUCCUAACCACUGGACUGCCAAGAAAUUCCCUACACUUAUCAGUUUUUUAAGUGUUUAAUAAGCUGGUGGAUGAACACUGGUAUCCCAUUGUCAUAAUAUUCUUUUUUUCCUUUUGCCCUUUUUGUAGAAAAAAAUAUAUAUCAUACACUAAAAGGAAGGAGGAAGUUUGAUGAAUCCCCAUAUACCUAUCACCCAGUUUCAACAAUUACCAACUCAGAGAUAAGCUUUUAUUAAUAAUAACCCUACCCAUUAGUCACCCGAAGACCAUUGUGAAGCAAAUCGCAGGUAUUAUUUUAUUCUAAAUAUUUAAGUAUGUCUCUCUAAAUUAUUAGAAGUUUAAAAAAAAUGACCACCAUAUAACAGUAUCUUUUAA